CGCCAGAUUCAACUGAUCUCCCGCAAGGAACUCCAGUUGGUUGGUGUGACUGCAAGGCUUCUGGCUGCAAAAUAUGAAAAUAUAUUUCAUAUAUAUAUAUUUCAUAUAUUCAUAUAUGAAUAUAUAUUCAUAUAUUUCAUAUAUAUAUAUAUAUAUUUCAUAUAUAUAUGUAUAUAUAUUUCAUAUAUAUAUUUCAAUAUACAAGAUUGCUCCCAGAAGCACGAAGUGGGUGCCAGGAAGGUUGUCCUUCCAAUCCAACAAAAUUACUAUGUUGGUUUGGGCAGAACAUUUCCACUGCAUAAAUCUAAUACAGAGAGUUGGAGUGGAGGAAUAGGUGCGCAAAUACCAAGUCCCAGAAAUGCAGGCAGUUCCCUGAGCAGAUUUGGCUUUCAAGCAAAGCAGCUUUGUUCCUGCUUGAGGUUUCCAAAUGGCUGGGGAGGCAGAGCAGAGAGUGGAGCAAGUGGGGCAGGAAUGAAGUGUGUUCUGAAUCUGAUUAGAGCGCCCCUUCAAGGCAAAGUAGUAGGUGCUGAAAAGACUGGAGGUUGUGGGAUGCCCCUCAGAGAAAAGCGCUCAAAGCCCCCUUCGAGGCUGAAGUUGCCGUUGAUCCUUUAUUGCCAGCCUUCUGCUGAAAUGUACCUGCUAGCAAAAUACUUGAUGGAACUAACUCUUGUGGACUACGAGAUGGUGCAUUACAGUCCUUCGGAGAUUGUAGCUGCUCUGCCUCUAGAGGAAGGUCUUCUCACAGGGCCAGUGGGCAGUCGGAAAGAAAUAUUCCAGCAUCAGAUUCCAGGAGAUCAGCACCAUCCCGCAGCUGGAUUCUUGCACCAUUAAAGACUUCGCAGCGCGUUGGCUAAAUGAAUCCAAGCAAUUGAUGUGAGUGCCAAUCAGAGUCCACGUGAUCUGACAUCACUUGAGAGGUGGGCAUAAGACCUGUACGUAGGCUAGGUAUUUACAUUUAAUAAAGACAUUGCGGAAACGCCCUUUGAAAGACCAUUGGAGAGUUGUCAAUAUUUUGCUCUGCUUUGCAAAGUAGCAAGAGGGA